UUCGUCCUGCCCUGGCUGCAUCUCUAUGUCUGUCUUUUGUCUCUCCCUCUUACAAAAUCAACCCACGAGGUGGAUCCCGCUCUUCCCCAGCAUGGCCAGUGCUCAACACAGGGGCACCGGGACAGGAGUUACUUGGCAAAAAUUGCAAAAGAGAAGGAAGGAAUGUGUGAGCCGCUGCCCUGAGGCGGACAGCCAAGCUGGGCUGUGGUGGCCACUCGGGGUACAACCGGAAGUCCCCACUGCUGGCCCUGGACUCUGGUCGUAUGGAGCCUCCACCCUCGCCCUGGGAGGGCACCAGCCUCUCCCUCCCUGCCGCCGGCAGGAGGCGUGGGCAGCAGCUGGGAGAACCGGCUGUGCCCCUCCCCUGGGCCGGCCUGGUAGGCACCUGGCACUGGCGGGCGCGGCAGACGCUGCGCACCUGGCCCCGACGCCCGGCUAGCUCCUGCCCUGCCCGCCAUGGACGGGCCACAGCCCCCGGCCCUAUGGGGCUCAUUGGAGAACAGGGUCUCCGAACUUAGCCAGAAGCUGCAAGGUGAAUACUUCAGGUACAAAGGCAUUCCCUUUCCAGUCGGCAUGUAUACACCAGAGAGCCUCAGUCUGGCCGAGAACACUAGCAAUGUGCGGGACGACGACAUCUUCAUCGUCACCUACCCCAAAUCAGGCACCAACUGGAUGAUUGAGAUCAUCUGCUUAAUCCUGAAAGAUGGGGACCCCUCGUGGAUCCGUUCGGAGCCCAUCUGGCAACGUGCACCCUGGUGCGAGACCACCAUAAGUGCCUUCAGCCUUCCAGAGCGGCCCAGUCCCCGCCUCAUGUGCUCCCACCUCCCUAUUGAACUGUUCACGAAGGCCGCCUUCAGCUCCAAGGCCAAGGUGAUUUACUUGGGCCGGAACCCCCGGGACGUCGUGGUCUCCCUCUAUUAUUACUCUAAGAUUGCUGUACAAUUAAAGGACCCUGGUACACCUGAACAGUUCCUUCAGAAUUUCCUCAAAGGAGAAGUGCAGUUUGGCUCCUGGUUUGACCACAUCAAGGGCUGGAUCCGGAUGCGGGGCCGAGAGAACUUCCUGUUUAUCACCUACGAGGAGCUGCAGCAGGACCUGCGAGGCUCCGUGCAACUCAUCUGUGAGUUCCUGGGCCGGCCACUGGGUGAAGAGGCCCUGAGCUCUGUGGUGGCCCAUUCAGCUUUUGCUGCCAUGAAGGCCAAUAACAUGUCCAACUACACGCUGCUGCCGGCCAGCCUGCUAGACCACCGCCAGGGGGCGUUCCUGCGCAAAGGGAUCAGUGGCGACUGGAAGAACCACUUCACUGUGGCGCAGAGUGAGACUUUUGACCAGGUCUACCGAGAGCAAAUGCACGGGCUGCCGAGCUUCCCCUGGGACAGGUCCGCAGAGGACGGCAGCCCUGAUGGCGAGACUGAGCCCAGCCCUAGCCCCAGCCCUGGCCUAGCCUCUGAUGACCCCAACCCAGGAUCCUCACAAUAAACUUGUCACUCCAGCCA